UGAAACCCGGAGCCCAUAGAGAGAGAGAAUCAGUAGAGAAGGAAAGAGAGCCAGGGUCGCACGGUAGUUAUCCUGCUCCCGCACGACGUCGUUUCUUAGCCAAAACCUCAUAUCUCCGAUGCCUCUGAAUCACACCCCGAGCUGAGAAUCUCGAUUCUCCUCAGAAAUGGCUGGGAAGAUGAAGCGGAGCGAGGCCAGCAGCAGCAGCAGCAACAGUUACAACAACCAGAGAGCCGAGAGCGUCGUCGUCGAUUACGGCAAGAACAAAAGCACCUGCGGCUAUUGCAAAUCCAAAGCUCGCACCAGCAUCUCUCACGGGUUGUGGGCGCAUAGCAUUACGAUUAAUGACUAUCAAGAUCUUCUUGACCGGGGGUGGAGAAGAUCCGGUUGUUUUCUUUACAAGCCGGAGAUGGAGAGGACAUGCUGCCCUCCUUAUACUAUUCGUUUGAAAGCUGGCGAUUUUGUUCAUUCCAAAGAGCAGCUUCGGGUGUCUAGGCGAAUGCAGAGGUUUUUAGAUGGUGCCUUGGAUUGUAAACAGCCAGUGGAGUCUACACAGGGUCGAGGUGCUUCUAAGGACGCACGUUGCCAGAGCCACCUUGGUGCUUCAAGCUCAGCUUCCAAAAACAGUGGAGAGAAAGAUGGGGAUGAGAAACUUAUGAGUUACUUAUCAGAUCAAGUUGAUGAAGCAAUUCGUUCUUGCUUAGAAAGCGGGGAGUUCCCUGACAUUCAAGCUCCAAAAGCUUCUGUGAAAAAGGUUUUACAGGCAAAAAGAAAGCUAUUAGCUGAUGGGUCUGGAGAUCUCUUAUACUCCAGCAAUAUAGCAUUUCAACUAGCGGCUGCUAUGAGACGGUGUCUGCCAGAUAAGAAGGAAGCCCACGAGGGAAGACAAUCAGAACACAAUGCAGCGGAAAAUGGGUUGUCUCCAAAACUCAUUGCUGAAAAGCUAGAAAGUUCAUUACAUCAGUUGGGGAACACUUCUAGUCUAUCAGUAAAGGCUUGCAAUGGACACUUAAAUUUUUAUUCUGCCACAAAACCUGCUUCCUCACAUGGAAGUGCUCAAAUUGUUAGCCACUCCAAAGGAUCCGCUGCCAGGUCGGAAAGUAAACACUGCAGCUUGAAAAGUAACUCUGAAUAUAAUCAUCAGGUGAAGAGGCGGAGGCUUGAAAUUCGACUUAAAAGGUCCAGUUUUGAAUCAGAAGAGUAUGCCUUAUAUAGAAGAUAUCAAAUGAUGGUGCAUAAUGACACCCCUGACCAUGUUACAGAAGGCUCAUAUAAGAGUUUCUUAGUUGAUACUCCCUUAAUAUAUGUUCCCCCAACAAAUGAUGGUACAGUUCCCCCAUGUGGCUUUGGCUCUUUCCACCAGCAGUAUGUAAUUGAUGGCAAACUUGUUGCAGUUGGUGUUAUAGACAUUCUCCCUAAAUGUUUAUCCAGUAAAUAUUUAUUCUGGGACCCAGACUUUGCGUUCCUAUCACUAGGGAAAUAUUCAGCACUACAAGAGAUAAAUUGGGUGAAAGAGAAUCAAGUCCAUUGCCCUUCUCUUCAAUACUAUUAUCUUGGUUACUACAUCCACUCCUGCAGUAAGAUGAGAUACAAAGCAGCAUAUCGCCCAUGCGAACUACUGUGCCCUCUUAGGUACCGGUGGAUUCCGUUUGAUAUAUCCAAGCCUUUGCUUGACAGAAACAAGUAUGCUGUUUUAUCCGAUUGUACAGUCUCUCAAGAUAGGGACUUCUCAUCAAUUAAUGAUUCUGAAGAUGUCAUAGAUAUUCAACAUGAUUACAAUGACCAAGAUGGUGAGUUUCUUAUAUAUGAUGAAGAGAUGAUUGAGCCUGAAUAUGAAAGCUCUGACGAUGAACCGCAUCAGGAAACAGGAGAUGCUGCUGGUGACAUUUUAAUCGGGUUGAAGGGAUCUCGUGUGAGAUUUAAGGAUUUAAAGCAAGCCUUUGGUCCCUCAGAACGAAGUUACUUGGAAUCCCAGUUGAGUAGAUACACAGAAGUUGUAGGUGAAGAGCUUGCUGGACAAAUGGUUUAUUCAAUUGAGUGAGUUGAUUGCCUUCUUAAGAGCCUUUUAAUGGCUUUAAUCAGAAAUUUGAAGAUUUAUACAUUGCAAUUGGAAGUGAA